AUGACUGACGUCGUGGCAGUCUCGUCGCUGCCGGCUCCAGCUCCGACCGCUACCUCACUGGCAGCUGCUCCCGUUCCUGCUCCUGUAGCAGCACAACCCGAUGGUGUCGACGCUCACGAAGCUGGUGAUCCAGGGGCUUCGGAUGAUGAGGUGGUGUUUGUCGAGGGUCCGGCUGCGCACCUCUCGCUCAAAGAGCUGUCGGUGGAAGAGCGCAUGGCCGUCUACGAUGUGCUCCUGGCUCAGGACGUGGCCUUUGUAGAAGAUCCGGCUACAGACGGUCACUUUGUGGGCAUGCUCGCUGUUCCGGAUGCAGAUGCCUCAGAGACUGGAUCCGAUGCCGGCGCCGGCGCCGAUGCCGCAGCUAGCCAAGGCGCUGACGACGCCGCCUCUGACAUCCAGCCGGAGGCCGGCGCCGCUACCCUCGACCCGGUGGCCAGCGAUGCGGACACGCCCAACCAUGCUCUGCUUGCCGGGCAGGCCCAGACCGAGACCCACACCGAGAUUGUCCGCGCCGACGCCACUGCCAUCGGCCGCUCACUCGCCGCGGAAGCCACAUCGUCGUCCCGCCGCAAGGCGCCCGGCUCGCCAUCGACUCCGGGUCGCCUCGACGGACUCAUGCAUCCGGCACUGCUCGACGUCGAGAAGACCUCAGUCUCGCCGUUUGGCCUCAAGGUCACCCCAAUGGCCAGAGUAGUCUCAUCGGCCUCCUCCAUCGCCCUCCGCCAGGCUUCGAUGGCCUCGCUCUCUACUUCGGUUGCGUCAGCAACGACCGAGGCUGGUGCUGAGCCCGAGGGCUCGCCUGGUGCAGACAAAGAGUCCAAGCGACGGGGCUUGCGCACCAACUCGGACUAUGAGCAGAUGAUUUCGUUCAUUUCGCGCCGGUAUGCGUCGUUCUUUGAUAGGCUCCGCUCGCGGCACGAGCUCACCGCGCGCAAGCACGUCCUCGGCUGGCUCGCCAAGCACAUCGACGAGCUCUACGAUGCGCGCGCCGCUUUUGAGGCCCACCAGCGUUCGCUGGUGGAAGACAUCCUCGCCGAAGCCGUCUCACUCCGCGACCGCAACCCAACUGUGGAGGCCAUGAGCUUUGACCGCUUUGUCCUCAUGCAUCUCGCCAAGAAAAACGGCCUCCGCUCGCUGACCGAGCAAACCGCGCUCGAUCUGGUGUACAAUGUCGAGCUCGAGCGCGCGUCGUCGCUCUACGUCGAGCUCUUUGCCCUCUUCCUCGAAGGCACCUAUGACGUUCAGGAUCUGGAGUUCUUCCUCUUUGCUCGCGCCGUCUUUGCCGCCGAGCUGCGCCCGGACAAGCACACCCACCUCCGCAAUGUCGUCAUCUCCCCCGUUCACGCCUGCGAGCUGGCUAAGGUGGUGCUCGGUGCCCCGCUCCUUGCCUCGGCCUUUUUCGACGUCGUCGACGCUUUCGCCGACGGCGCAGGCGUUGCGGCUGACACCAGCGAUGCCGUUCUUGCCGUCGGCCACGUUCUCGCCCUCCUUGUUGUCUUCUUCCACUCGACCCGCCCGGACGAGGCUCUGCUCGCCUACCGGGCGUCGACCUCCAUGGCCGACAUGGCCUCGCCCGACGACGGCCAGGUUGUCUCGCGACCAAUGACUUCGUCGCUCAACAUCAUCUCUGACGGCCUCAUCGCCGCCAUGCGCACCGCCGCAGAGGCACAUGUCGACGCCUUCUUUACCUCCAUCCCACACGCCUUUCUUCAAGCUGCAAGCGACCCCGAAGAGCUCCGCACCACCCUCGAGGUCCAGCUCAACAGCCGCCUCGCCUCGCAGCUCUCCGACCUCGUUCACUCUGCUGAUCUUGCCAAAGGCGGCAUGUCGUCUGCUCGCGCUUCGGGCCUCCCGCGCGAGGUCUUCCGCUACCACGAGCAUCUCCGCGCCCUCAGCAAUGAGCUGCAGGCCCUGGAAGCCGCGGCGCCCGAGAACUCUGCCGAGGUCGCCGACGCUCGCCGUGACUUUGCUGUCCAGCUCCUUCUUGCCCCCGACAUCCAGGCCUAUUGCGAGUCUACCUUCAAUGCCGCUCUCAACGGCCUUGUCGGCGGCUCAGAGCCAGGCUCGCCCUCGGCGCUUGGCAUCAUGCCCUCCGACGCGUCCGUCAACUGGGAACAGGCGCUAGACAGCCAGUCGUCGGGCGUCUGGCACUAA